CGAUCAUGUUUGUAUGCUACGACAAAUUCUGUGUGUUGGAAAGUUUUCCCAUAAAUAUCUACUGGGCCAUGUCUUCUCGGAAUCUUCAUCGAGUUUCUUCAUCGAAUUGUACAUUCAGGAAAACUUCAACUUUACUCCAAUCUUACAAAGCACAUGAUCGGAAUUAGAAAUCCGAAGAGGUAGAGCAGACGACCACAAUAUUAAAGUCGCAGGACUUCCUUUCAUUUCAACAGUACGUUCACAUUCAUAUAACACAUUCAAAUACUUCCUCAA